AGCAUGGCAGAGAUCGAAGAUGCGGACAAGGUUAUCUGUGCGAUGAGGUCCUCGGUGCCAACCUACUACUGGUGCACCUGCGGGCGUUCCAAAAAGCAGCCGUUCUGCGAUGGCUCUCACCAAGGGACUGCGUUCAAGCCCAUGUCCUACACUGCAACGGCAACUGAGCAGCGAAAGCUGUGCCAGUGCAAGCAGACGGCCAACGCUCCCUUCUGUGACGGCAGGCACAAGAAGCUGCCAGAGGAUGCGGCCGGCAAGGCCUUGCCCCGAACUCGGGCCUAAAGGAGCAGGAGCGUGUUGUUCUUUUCGAUUAUUCAAGUCGAUUUGGAGAAAAUUUCUUGCUCGGA